AGAAACGUGUGAUGUUAUCUCCAACAUGUUUGCUGGCAGAUAUGCUCUUGCCCAUUUUGAUUUUUGAGCUUUGGAGCUAAAGAGAGAUGUUGAAAGUCACAGGCAAACUGGUUCCUGUGGAGGGAGCUUUGGAGAAAAAGCUGUUCAGCAAUGGAGUUCAGAACCCCAACUGUAAAGAAGCAAGACACCAUAGUCCAAGUCCAUUGAUGCUGUCAAGAUCAGCAGAUGUAAAUGUGUAUUGGAGUUCUUCAGUCCAUCUCAAACUGCCUCAAAAGUCAAGCAACAGCAGAAAUGCAUUAAAGGUUUAUGCAAUGAGGAGACGGACACCUCGGGGGACUGCAGAAACCUAUGUACUAUUCGAACCGGGGCAGGAUGAGAUAUUUGUUUCGGAGGAAGAGCUAAAAGCUAAGCUGCAAAAUUGGCUGGAAAACUGGCCAGGCGAGGCCCUUCCUCCAGACCUUGCUAGAUUUGAAACCAUUGAUGACGCCGUUUCGCACCUCAUAAGAUCUGUUUGUGAGCUUGAAAUUGAUGGCAAUGUCGGUUCAAUCCAAUGGUACCAAGUCCGCUUGGAGUGAGAAAAAUUUGAGCUUCAUUGCAAUCAAAUUUACAUGAUUAAAGCAGGCAUAUAUAUAGUGGUCCAAGAACAAUGAAAUAAGAGCAGCCAUUAUUUCAUUCAGUUUAUCCU